AUGCUUGGAGAGCCGACUACCGACAAUCUAUGGAGCUUGAAAGUGGUCUUGAGAGGGUUUGAAUUGGUGUCGGGUUUGAGAAUCAAUUUUACGAAAAGCAACGUCUAUGGUGUUAAAGUGGGAGAAUGGUUCUUGAACUCGGCAACAUAUUUUCUUGGUUGUAAAAGAGGUGAGGUUCCCUUUACCUUUCUUGGUGUUAUGGUGGGGGGUAAUCAUAGAAGAAGGAAAGCUUGGUUGAAACCUAUUCAAAAUAUUAAGAAUAGGCUUUCGACGUGGAAGGGGAAAUCUAUAUCCAUUGGAGGAAGGGUGACGCUCAUCAAUGCGGCUCUUAACGCCAUUCCGUCGUUUAUGUUUUCUUUCUAUAAAGCGCCGAGGAAGGUUAUUAAAGAGAUUAGAGGUAUAACUAGUAACUUCCUUUGGGGAGGUUGCAAGAAAAAGAAGUGUAUUCAUUGGGUCGAUUGGGAGACGGUUUGUAAAAGUAAAGACAAGGGUGGUUUGGGAAUAAGGGAUGUUGGAGAAAUAAAUAAGGCGCUUCUUCUAAAAUGGAAAUGGAGAAUUCUUACGGAGGACAAAGCCAUAUGGAGUAGGUUUAUUAAAGAAAGAUAUGUAGAGCCGAAAUUAAAGGUGCAAGGCCUGUAUGUAGUUUCUAUUAAUAAAUUUUGUUAUGUUUCUAGCGCUUUCUCCAGGACUGUUCUUGGAGCUUGCUGGCAGCCGACUGUCUUCUUGGGCAGUGCCGAAACCGUGACUGAGGUCAUGUCCUGCCCAGGCUUGGCGACUCAGUGGCAUAAUUGUGUGGAGCUACUGGAUUCGGUUCAUCAGUGGGGUGGAGAUGAGGACCGGUUCGGUUGGAACCUGAAUACUAACGGGAUUUUUUCGGUGGCAAGUGUUUCUGCUUGGAGUUCUCGAGCUAAGUCUUGUGCUUGGCAGCCCCUUACUGUUAGUAACUUGAAAUCUUUAUGGUGUUUGGAUCUUCCGUCUAGGAUCGCUAUAUUUGCUUGGAGGUUUUUUGUUUCUAGGCUUCCUACUAUUGAUCCCCUCAUUGCUAGAGGAAUUGAUAAUAUUAAUAGUUUGAGCUGUGUGUUUUGUGGUGAUCAUUUGGAGUCUUUAAUGCAUCUUUUUUUCGAGUUCCAAGUAUCUUAG